AACUUUUCGCUGGCCUCUCCGUCAUUCCCCUUGUAUCUGCCGACAAUUACUAAUCGCGGAGUCUUGCUCCAAUUGAUCUUCGGACACCACGCUUGAGCGGUUGGCGGGAAUUUUCUCUUGACUGGAGGAAAGGUGAGCUUGCACCACCGGCAAUCCCCGUGGAGCAAGAUUCCAGGGUGCGGGAGAUUCGGAUUUUACGCGAGCGCGACAUGCGUGUUCCCCGCGUACGUCGGCACGCGGAACGUGUGUGCAAACCUCCAUCACGUAUAAAUACAUCGGCUAGCCGGAAAGUCUCGGUCACUCGAUUCUUCGGCGACACGUUCGAGCAGCCGGAUUCUUUCCUCGCCGGUAUCAAAGGGUUGGAGACCUUUCCUCGUUCCUCGCAAUCCCGGGUCCCAGGAAUGUCCUGCAAAUCGAGUGAAAAAUAAGUGACGAAGUGACGCGUUCUCGCAGCUGGAUUUUCUCUUCGCCGAUCAAGAGGUCGUCCCGGAAAUUCAGGACCCUGGUGUUUCCUGCAAAUCGAGAGAAAAUUAAGUGUCAAGUCGAGAAGUGAUUCGUCGUUACGGGAGAGACUCACGUCAGAAUGAAGGCGAUUUCCAGGACGGCGGUGCUCCGAAUACUGGUGCUCCUGGUGACCCUGAAUUUCGGGGUCCUGUCCAGCUCGAAAAACGCCUCCUCUCGAGGACUCAGGAGGAUCCACCUGCCCAGGGCCGUGGAAAUGUCCCGGAAGUUCCCCUGCAAGGAACCUCAGCCUCGGGCCUACCACCUGCGGGACUUGAUGCAAACCGUGCACCAGAAUCCUGGGGAGAGUGCCAACCAGCCGGUGUACAUCGUCCUGAAGAGGUGCGACGUGCACUCGGGGUGCUGCAUGAGUCCCGACAUGAGUUGCACGCCAGUGAAGAACGCCUCUUACUUCGAAGAGCUCGAAAUCGAGAUCUGGAGCCUGGAGAACAAUAAGACCCGAAGACAAUGGAUCAGGGUGGAGCAACACGGGAAGUGCACCUGCGAGGUCGCGACCAGCAACGAGAGGAAGAGGCUCGAGCACGAGCGACCGUUCGUGGACUCUCUAUGAGACAUCUGGGACUCGUUAUUAUUUAAUAUUAUUUAAUAACCGUGAAUCGCAACGCGUCUUUACGAUUCCCAUGAGCCCUAAACAGUGCAGACUCGAGUACGAGCGAGCAUUCGUGGACUCUCUCUGAGACAUCUAGGACUAGUUAUUAUUUAAUAAUUGCGAAUAUUAACGCGUUAAGGUCCCCGUGAGCUGGUUCUCUGGGUUCUCCUCGAGAUAUCGAGGGCUGGUUUUUUAAAAACCGUGAAUCGCAACGCGUUUUUACGAUUUUCAUGAACCUAAUAAUGCAGACUCGAGCACGAGCGAGCAUUCGUGGACUCUCUCUGAGACAUCUAGGACUAGUUAUUAUUUAAUAAUUGCGAAUAUUAACGCGUUAAGGUCCCCGUGAGCUGAUUCUCUGGACUCUCUUCGAGAUAUCAGGUUAUUUAACAUUCAUCAAUGAUAUCUAAUUAUUUAUUAACCGUGAAUUGCAACGCGUUUUUAUGAUUCCCAUGAGCCCCAACGAUGCAAGCUCGCUACCGGCCUUGAUAGAGGCGUCUCCUCGUCGUCCUGUAAAAGGACCCUAGUCGUCGAGAGUGCCGUAUACUACAGGGACCUGAAAGGAAACGUUAAAUUUGGAUGACAAUGCGCAAAGACGAUUCGCUUAUCGGCGAAUCGGGGAGUUAUCAUGACGGUUUCCAAGUUCGACGAGACCGUGCUUUGACAAUGCCAUGGGACCAAGGCGGAGAAGCGUGUUAAACGUUCGGAUCCGAGAUCGAUGCAUGGAAACGCGAUCUGAAGAUUACAACGUCGGCAUUUUGGAAGCAUUCGAGCGUCGCGAACCAAGUGCGAGGUAUGGCAAAGUGCCAAGGGAACACUUGGGUCUCGUUACGGCGCCGAAAACGUCAACCGAUCAAAAGCCUACUUGACAUAAGAAGGCACCACCUGUUCCAUCUUGUCACAUUCGCCGGACAUUUCGCGGGCCUCAUCUCACUCUUUAUGAAAGCUUUAUCGUACCCGAAUCCGAUCUGGAAGCCGGUCUAAGAAGAGCCUCGCUUUCGAGUGGACGAAACUGUCCGUCCAAUGUAACAAAUCCAGGGCCCCUAUUCUCGAGUUCACACGGAUUUUUCUCGCAUACGAAUAGAUUCGCAUAAAAGAAUUUCGCAUUCUUGCGAAGUCGCGACAUUGGUCAACAUUUGGAAAGCUUAUACUAAACUCUAAAUUUCACAUGCGAGAGUUUAUGGUAUAAAUUCGAGAAUCGAGUCCCUGACAAAAGCGGCGACCAUAGUCCUUCGUUUAUCGCCGCCAGAAAAAAAAAAGAAGCUAUACGCUUCGAUCCAUUGUGAUACUAUGAUAUUACUUAGGAUACAGUGGGCAGUAUUUAACGGUUCGAUUUGACAUUAGCGAUAAACUGGCCUUGCGAGCGAAGUUAAACAUUUUCAGGCGCUCGCUAUAAUUUACUUUCAAAAAGAAUUUCGGGAACUCCUUCGACUCCUCAGACCGAGAAGUUAAGUUUUCCGCCGCAAUUUCGAGGACUCACUGAUUACGAGACUGAGAGUCGUACCGUGUACGCGCUUUAUUCCUUAUGCAUAAGAUCUAGAAUAACAUAUAACUUAUUGUAGUAAGCACUUUUUUAUCUUCUACCGAGGUCGAGGCAUAUAUACGGAUAUUUAUUACGUAGUAUUUAGUAUUUAUUACGAAGUCUGAAUGUGGUGGAAUAGUUGUAUUCGCACGUUCACCAGAAAGGAAACAUUUGAAUAUAGAAAACUGGAGGCUCGG